UCCCCCCAUCAUCAUCUGAUACCAUAACAAAAUUCGUGGCAGGAUCCACUGCCAUAGUGCUAAGAGUCUAAGACCUCAUAAUCAAACAGAACUAGUAAGAAGUACCAACACCUUAAUCUCCCUUCCUUCAUUUCAAAAUGGGCAGGUCCCUGGUCUUCUCUACGAACUUCGCUCUGAGAUUUUCUCAAAAACCCAGAUCAAUUUUACCCCCUAGUUUACCAAGCCACUCUAUUUCCCUCAACUCAAGGCAGCAAUUGCAACAUGGGUCUCAAAGAUUUGGACUUUCAUUUUCCAAACCAACAAGAACUCUCUGCACCAAAGCUGUGCUAUCUGAAAUUCCAAAUCAGAAGCAGUAUGUGAAAGUGGGUGCCCAAUCAGUUGGGCCCAUCCCAGCUAGUCAGCUCAUUGAAGUGGUUGAGAAGGCUGCUAAGACUGGUGCUGAGGUUGUGAUGGAUGCUGUUAAUCAGCCUCGGAAAAUUACCUAUAAGGGACUUACUGACCUGGUUACUGACACAGAUAAAAAGAGCGAAGCAGCAAUUUUAGAAGUUGUGAAAAAGAACUUUGGAGAUCACCUUAUUCUUGGAGAGGAGGGUGGAAUUAUUGGAGAUACAUCUUCUGACUAUCUGUGGUGCAUUGAUCCAUUAGAUGGAACAACAAAUUUUGCACAUGGUUACCCUAGCUUUGCAGUUUCUGUGGGAGUUCUAUUUCGAGGAAAACCUGCUGCUGCUGCUGUGGUAGAGUUUGUCGGAGGCCCAAUGUGUUGGAAUACUCGCAUCUUUUCUGCUGGUGCUGGUGGGGGAGCAUUUUGUAAUGGCCAAAAGAUUCACGUGAGUCAAACGGAUAAGGUGGAACGAUCUCUUCUUGUUACUGGGUUUGGUUAUGAACAUGAUGAUCCAUGGGCCACGAACAUGGAACUAUUCAAAGAGUUCACUGACGUCAGCAGGGGUGUCAGAAGGCUCGGUGCUGCUGCAGUAGACAUGUGCCAUGUAGCUCUUGGGAUCGUAGAAGCAUACUGGGAAUAUCGACUAAAGCCAUGGGAUAUGGCUGCUGGUGUUUUGAUAGUUGAGGAAGCUGGAGGAGUGGUUACCUGCAUGGAUGGUGGAAUAUUUUGUGUAUUUGAUAGAUCUGUUUUGGUAUCCAACGGAGUGCUGCAUGCCAAGCUUUUGGAGAGGAUUGCACCAGCAACUGAGAAGUUGAAGAGCAAAGAAAUUAAUUUCUCAUUGUGGUAUAAGCCUGAAAAUUACAGGACAGAACUUUGAUGCUCUUGAGAAUUACCUACUUUUUUUGGCCAAGACUGCUGGAAGCAUAAGAAAGGGAAGGCCAGUGCCAGUAACGUUUGUCGUCAGCCCAAGUGAUUGUGAGAUCCCUUGGAUACACCAUGAAGCAGUUGUUGGACUUCUUGUCAACCCAGUACUUCUGUAAUAAUAACAGUAAUAGUGCUAAUACUCGAAAAAAGAAUAAUAAUUGAUAGUGAUGUUGUUCAUGUUUUUGUUGGUUGAUUUCAAAUUUCUUUUCUGAGGUGCGCUUGUUUAACAGUCGCACACAAUCGAUUAGGAGCUGAAAUUCAGUAAGAACGAGACAAUUUCAGUGUAAAAGCAUAAAUAUGAAAAUUUUCAAAGUUAUGAAGGGCUUGCCUUGUUACAUGGUUCUCCAGGACUCAGCUGCUGCGACUGUGAGGCUUCAUCUUGUGACCACCCUGUCCCCAUCUCUUCCAAGUUACGUACACUUCUUUUCUGUUCCCAUGCUGCUAGUACUUAAUAUAUUCUGGUUAGAUCACCAGAAUCGCAACUGAACAAACAACAAAGAUAAGAUGCCUUGUAAACCUCUUCUGUUCUUUGUUUUCGGUUUAUUCUCAUGGUGAUGUUGAGCUGAAGCAUGCCGUGGGAUGAGGACGUUGGAAUUUCAACCACGUAGGAAAAGCAUUAGAAUGAGAACAGAAAGCACUUCCUGCUAUCAGAGAAGCCUUUAUUCGAUUCUGCUUAAAGGCUUUCACUCUCGAGAUAAGGAGGCAUCGAUCAUAUGCGAUAUUUCCUUGUUCCCUUCUAUUUGAAAAGCAAUUAUGUUCAGGUAGAGUUUGUCGGAGGCCCAGUGUGUUGGAAUACUCGCAUCUUUUCUGCGAGUGCUGGUAUGAAAAAUUGGUCUAAGAUGUACUAUCCCUGCUUUAUUUGAUUUUAAAAGCGGAAUUUUCACCUAAACCAAGCGUGAUAAUCUGAGUUUUGAUAGGUGGGGAGCAUUAAAAAGAUUCACGUGGACCUUUCUGGUUUCAGGCUCACCCUCUUCCAUAUUUCAGGUGGAACGAUCUCUUCUUGAUUCUGGGUUUGAUUAUGAGCAUGAUGAUCCAGGGGCCACGAACAUAGAACCAUUCAAGGAGUUCACUGACGUCAGCAGGGGUGUCAGAAUGCUCGGUGCUGCUGCAGUAGACAUGUGCCAUGUAGCUCUUGGGAUCGUGGAAGCAUACUGGGAAUAUCGACUCAAGCCAUGGGAAUGGCUUCUGGUGUUUUGAUAAUGUUUUGUUUUCUCAAAAUGCAUUUGUUAUGGCAUGUGGCAUAAUUUUAAUUUUUAAUCCAUAUUAGGUGAGGUGAGUAUGUCUUGAGAAGUUUCUAUUUGCAUCCUAUGAUCGAAACAAUUGAUUUGUACACAAACAUACCCUCCCGAUACCUGGAUUAAUUUUUAUUUUAUUUUAUUAUUAUUAUUAUUUUUUAGACUGUGAUCUUAAAACUUGGCAGUGUCUCUAUUUUGCUCAAUUAUUAAUACAAUUUGUUAUUGCAAGUCUGAGCAGAUAGUUGAGGAAGCUGGAGGAGUGGUUACCUGCAUGGAUGGUGCAAAGUUUUGUGUAUUUGAUAGAUCUGUUUUGGUAUCCAAUGGAGUGCUGCAUGCCAAGGUUAACCUAUCUGCUGCAGUUAUAUCCAUAAUCCAAGAGAAAAAGAUUGUGGAAAUGCAAGUCUGUCAUAGAGUUCUCGAGCUUGUGGUGCUUUAGUUUCAACUUUCAAGUAAAAAGAACAUUUAUACUGAAUUUAGCAGUAGUGUUGGGAAUUGACUGUACGUACUCAAUUUUUGUGAAAUGCAGCUUUUGGAGAGGAUUGCUCCAGCAACUGAGAAUUUGAAGAGCAAACAAAUCAAUUUAUCAUUGUGGUAUAAGCCUGAAAACUGCAGGACAGAACUUUGAUGCUCCUGAGAAUUACUUACUUUUUUUGGGCAAGACUGCUGGAAGCAUAAGAAAUCAAGGGAAGGCCAGUGCCAGUAACGAUUGUCUUCAGCCCAAGUGAUUGUGAGAUCCCUUGGAUACACCAUGAAGCAGUUGUUGGACUUCUUGUCAACCCAAUACUUCUGUAAUAAUAACAGUGAAUGUUAAUACUAGG